GGCCAGCUACGGGUACCCGGAUGCUUUUGACAGCCAGGCACGUUGGAGAGGCACACAGUGGAGACUGGGGCGCACGAGAGAGACAGAAGAGAGCUGGAAUUGCAGAGGCAGAGACGCACGGGCGCAUGGUCGAUUUCUGUCUCCCGCAUACUGCUGGAGUCCCGCGCCUUGUCACCAUAAAACGGACAUGUCAACACCUUAAUCAGGAACAAGACUGUGAACCAACGAAUUGAAUUGAGUGAAUUAUUUUUUUUGUCUCCUUCUUUUGUGCAUUUUGCUUUCCCCAUCUUUGUGGGUGCAGAUAUUGUGGAGGAGCGGUUUUUCCAUUGGUGGCAGGAGGAGACAAGGUUUACAUUUGGUGUGGGAGGUUCUGUCUCCAUCCAUAUGAAGGGGACAUGCUGCGCGCUGACGGCUGCAGGCGACGCCAAGGCAACAGCUCCGUGACCCGGGAGGAGAGCAGCAGCAGCACCGACAGACAGCAGUGACACCGACAACCAGCUCCAGCAAGAACAGACGCUCAUCCUCCAGACUCUCUCCAUCUCUCUCUCUAGCAUGUGAGGUUGCUGUAGUCAGAUGUCCUCUUGAUAUGGAGGUCGUCAUGGAGAUGGAGAAGACAGGAUGGACACACAUAUUCAUCAACCAUGGGCAAAGGAGAGGAGCAGAGGGGAGAGAGAGAAGUAUUUGAGCUCUCCACUGCAGUAUUGAUGACCCAAUGAUCCCCUGCAGAACAGAGCCAGUCAGGCAGACAGAGUGAGGCUCAACUCUGAAUCAGAAUCAGAAUCAGCGCCACAACCGUUGGGUGAAAGCAACCAAUUGAGCGGGGUAUGAAUGGUCUUUGACUCUGCCUGUUGUUAGAGAAAGAGCUACAAAGAAGAAACACUCAUCUUCAUACAGCAGAAAACAUCUUUUUCCUCCCUCAGUACCAACAAGACUGUCCACUGAAUGAGCGGCUUGUCAGAUCGCCUCCAUUCAGGCCAAACUGGGGCUCCAGUGGGCUGUGGUGGGACUCAAGCAGAGGAAAAAGCGUGCGUGGGGGGGCUGGCGGGGCCUGCGCUCUGGACCAGGGAACCCGGGCUCCAGGAUGGGUCCCAGGAUCCCUCUAACGAUGGACUGGCACCGGUGACCUCCGACCACUUUCCCUCAUCUCAGUCCGCCCUGGCCAACGGCCUCCAUCUACAGAGGAGGCUGGGGCACAGCACCUGCCGGCGCAGGCAGACGGAGACUCACACCACAGCUGAGACGCUUAGAAACAUGCAAACGCACAUAGACCCAGAUGUGCGUGCACAAGCUGUUUCACAUAUGGAUAAUUGUGGACUCAUGGAUAUCAACCCACCUACAGGUUCUGUAGGGCCCGAACUCUCCAGAACUGUCACACCAGAGGCCAAACACACAACCUCACCUCAACCCCUGUCCUUGGCGCUUGGCAGUCAUCCUGCCUCCACCAAUCAGCGGGCAGCCCCGGUCCUCACCAGAGAGACAGACAAUCCUUCAACCUUUUGUCCAGUCCCUAUUGGUCCAAACCCAAACACAGGCUCCUCUCCUCUUCCCGUGGAGGCAGAGAAGAAGUACGCACUCCGCAGCUCUGGACGUCCCCGCUUCCCCUGUCACCUGCGCAAAUCCUCCCGCCUCCGCCGAGGCAUAGAGGAUGGGGAGAAGAGAGCAGGGAGGGACAGGGCAGGAGAGGAGGAGGACGAAGUACUGGAGGAGAAGAUCUGGAGGGUUAAAGAGGAGGAGGUGGCCGUCGGAGAGAAAAAAGAGCAUUCCGCUGUGGAGGCUGUUCUCCCAACGCCUCCCUGCCCUACAAACAUCGCUCUCGCUCUGACUGUACCCAAACCUGCUCCUAAAGCGGCACCUAAACCUGGGCCCAGACUUGGGCAUAAACCUGGACCUAAAUCCAGGUCUAGGCCCCCACCGAAAACUGUUCAUAAAGCAGCUCCUAAAAGUGUGAAACAGCGUCAGGCAGCUCAGUCCAUGGCUAAUCGUGCUACCGCUCAUCCCCCAUUUGCCAUCACAUCCACCAUCGCUGCACCUCUAACUGUGAAGCAGGAACCUGUUGCAGAGUUGGGGGUACCUCCUUCCAAUAACCGGAGACGUGGGCGUUUUGUAGGUGUGAGGAAGAUUGUCGUGAAGGUGGCUCGUAUUCCAGUCAGCCUUAGCCGUCGACAGAAGAGCUACAAGAUUUCCAAUAUGGAGACAGGGACAGAAAAAGGCCAUGAUGGUCUGGAGGGCUCAGAGGUAGUCCGAGAGCCGACUGCACUUCUCCGAAUGAAGAACAAUGGAAAGAGUGUUAUGGUGAUGUUCCCUCCUGGAGAACUACCUGUUAUUCUCAAACGCAGGCGGGGACGGCCACCUAAACAGGCUCUGCCGGGAAUACCGGGAGAGCUUCCAAAUGCUGGGAAUGCUGGUGGUACCGGAGACCCGCCCAAAAAGCCCCAGAGGCGGCGACGGACUAAACUCCCUUCUCCUUAUCCGUCCUAUGUCAAUGAUACUAAUGAUGUGAAAACAGAGUAUGGGGAUGUUCUGUCCAAACUGGCCUUUUUAAACCGCCAGCCCCCUGCCACUGGCCGCUGCUCUCCCCCACGCUGCUGGACGCCCAGUGAGCCAGAGAGCUUUCAUACCCCUUUGGAAAACCCUGGAAUAUCCACCCUGCUUCACCGGCUCACUGGGUAUAGACGCCCCCGAGGUGGCAGAGGAGGGGGUACUGGAAGAGGUGGAGGAGGAGCAGGGGGGGCUGGGGGCAGUGAGCGCAAUAAGAGCACCUUCAGUGACUUCUUUGAGUCCAUUGGCAAGAAGCAGAAACCAAGCCCCAUGUCUGAGCAUGGAUUACCAAGGAAAAGGGGAAAAGGUGCGGGCGGUAGGGGAGGGGGUGUCGUAGGAACUGAGCCUGGGGGAGAGAAAACAGUCAAGAAGAGACGUGUGAGAAAGAAUGGUGCAUUGAAAGGGGAGGGGGUGUCCAUGGGGCAGGAAUGGCCCAAUGGGGCAGGUGGCUGGGGGGAGGGGCGUAUGGACAAGGAGAAAGGUCUGGGUGGGUAUCAGCUCUGUGGAUCUCCAAGGGGAGGCUUUUCCUCCUGUGAUGUGGGAAGGGGAGGUGCUUACAGCAGUCCAGGAGGAAGCAGAGGGGCGGGGCCAGCCGGCGAGGACUCUCAAAGCCUGUUUGCUGGAUAUUUCCGGUCACUCCUCGACUCAGAUGAUUCGUCAGACCUGUUGGACAUCUCCUCCUCCUCGCAGUCAGACCCCCGGAAAGCCUCAUCCACCCCUGGUUAUGAACCAUCCAGUCCAGCUACUAGUCACAGCUGGUCCCCUGCAUACCCUAAGUGGAGCUCCAAGGGUGCAGGUUCUGGGGUGGAGGGUUCAUCCCAGACACAUUGCUCCUCAGCCAGGCCUCCAUACAGCUAUGGCAGCCUGGCCCAAACAUCCCCCACCACUUCUACCUAUCCCAAAUCCACUCCUCCAUCUCUCUCACACUCUCCUAGCUCCCCCCACCCCGCUUCCUUUGGCCACUACUCCUCUGGCUUCUCCUCCUCUUCUCCUGCGGUGCCACAGAGAUCCUCAGAUUGCAGCUUUGCGUACGGAUCAGGACACAGCAGUGGCAAGGCCACCGCUGUUGGUCAAAUGGGUUUUUCUAGCUACCAGGCAGCAGCCAAGCGAGGCUUUAGUGGAUAUCCUGCAGCAGGUCAUUCCUCCAUGGUGCGGGGGGAGUCAACAGGACCCACAUCACCAGGAGGAGGAUACAUGUCUGUGGCCAAAAGUAGCCCCUUCAGCUCCUCCUCCUCUCCAGAAGGGUUCAAACAGUACAACUCCAAUCCGUGGAGCUACAGACAAGGUUAUGGUGGUUGGCCAACCGACGGCUUUGGGCCUCAGUAUCACGGCUACAGUGAAUACGGCUCCAAUGAGUCCAAAGACAUCUUGGAUAUCUCAAACUACACGCCCCAGAAGGCCAAGCGACAACCUUUUCCUGAAAGCCUAUCAGAAUCCUCCUCUGACUCGUCACAUCUUGGCUCUGCAGCCACUGGUAGUGGACCCAGCUCCACAUGUGGCACGUACAAACUGAACGAGGUUGCUUCUGUCAGCGGAGAGGGGGGUCAAUCAAGUCUGUCCAGCCUGGAGAAGUUGAUGAUGGACUGGCAUGAGAGUGCUUCAGGGCCCUCGUACAACUGGAGCCAGAACGUCCUCUUCCAGGGCGGGGGAACCAGCAAACCCGGUCGCGGUCGAAGGAAACGGACUGAUCCACAACCAGAAAAAGAAGGAGGUUCUGCUCUACACUCUGAUUCCCCGUCCAGUCCCUCCCCAACGCCUACUCCUGGACCUAAGCGGGGAGGGGUUGGAGGACGGGGUAGAGGGUCGAGAGGAGGCAGAGGGGGUUUGUCUCCAUGUCAGAGAGAUCGGGGGCCAAAAGGCAGGGGCAAGGCUGCCUCUGCAUCUGGAGCGGGAGGAGCAGUGACUGCUGGAGGUCCAGAGGGGUCUGGGCUGUUCCAGGAGGGUCUGGAUUAUUACAGCGGAGACAGUAGUAGCCUCUCUCCUCUGGCCACGCCCAAUCCUGCACCAGCUUCCAGCUACCUCCAGGACCCCUGUGAGUACCCCUCCCCUUAUUCUGCCCACCCCUCCACACCGUCCUCUGAGGAGCGAUAUCCAGCCUUAUACCCUGGAGAGUCCUCCUGUCCCCUCUCACCCAGUGUCUCCUCUCCCCCUUACCCUCCCAAGCCCACCCCUCCUCCACCCCAGUCCUACCACCCUGUCCCCUCCAGGACAUUCUCCCCCUCCUGCUCUCCCUCGCCACGGAUAACACCCCUCUGCGCCACCGCGCUGAGUCCCUCGCAUCGCCCCCCUCCGAAAGACCCCCAGUUCUCCCAGUAUGACUCUCCCAGCUACUGCAGCUCCCCCUAUUGGUACGGACAGACAUCGCACAGCGGCAGCCCCAGCCCGCACUCUCACAGCACACACUCAAACACAGCCGUGCACACACACAGCAACCCGCACACGAGUCCUCAUGGAAACACACACGGUAAUCCGCUCGCUAGCCCGAAUGUGAACACACACAUGAACCCGACUCCCCACGACACACACCAUCACAACACGCAGUCCCACUCAAGCCUGAGCUCACACACCAACACCCAUCCCACUUCGCUCCUCCAGAGCAGCCCCCUGUCCCACUCAAACCCCCACACCAACAAUCAGCCCCACCACAACACACAUGCCAACUCUCACCUCUCCUCCCAUACACACUCCAGCCCCAGCACCAGCCUCCACUCCCACUCGACGCCUGUGCUUUAUGAGGAGUGCAGCCCUCCCUCCGCCGUGCCCCCCCACAAGCGGGAUCUGACCCCCCACAACAUGAGCACAGGCCACCGCCAGGGCCCCUUGCCUCUUUCCCCGUACCCCAAACCUCCCCUGGACUCCUCGCCCCAUCAGGACGACGCUGGUGGCUUCUCCUUGUCCCACCAGUCCUACCAGGGCAUGGGACACCGCUACCCCUCCCAGGCGGCUCAGGGUGGCGGGGUGCUUUGCCAGCUCCUGGACACAGCUAACGAUGACAGCUUCAGCGUCACCAGCCUGUAACAGCAGGUGCAUUCAAUCCAAGCUUUUACAGAUUUGCAAACGUUUUCUUUUUUUUGUUAAGGAGACUUCUUUGUGAGAGACUGACUGUGAAAUGAAGGGUGAGAAUUUAGCUGCCAGCUUUGGACAGUAAAGCUUUAAUUCUCCAGCAUUGACAAUCAAGAUCAACCGCAAUUUAAACACCCAAGCAUGCACACACACACUCACACACACACAAACACACACACAUACACACACAGACACGCAUGUGCAGAUGAAUUCACUACCUAAACAUGGACACAUAAACAUCAUACAUGUGUACACUCAAUCACACUCUAUGCUGGAAUGAGGGAACGGCUGAGAGGAGCUGACAGAUGAAUACCAGACGCUGAUGGACAGAGACAAACCUAUUUCCUCACCCCUUCAAGUCCUGCUGUGAUGCACAGAGGACUCCGUUUCCCGGAAGUCUGUAUCUCGCCAAAUCUUUCUGGUCCUGUUCUGUACAUCUGCAAUAUGGACGAUCUCUCUCUUUCUGUUUCUUUCCUCUGUCCUCUCUUAACCUCCCCCUCGUCUGCCGAACCAGCAUCUGCACUCGACCUACACUAACCCCGCAUUUCUGUCUUGUGCCCUAACGUGAACCGCAUCUGAGCCCAAAUUUUAAAUACCAUGAGCCUAGCAAAUCCCUCUCUGUGCACUCCUUGUGUCGUGUCCCAUAAGAGAAAAGUGGACUUAACCAGUUUCUGCUCUUGAAAUACCAGCAUCUGUACAUACAACUCCAGCUCCAAGCCAGAAGCCCCCUCUUCUCUGUGAGGGUCCGUCAUCAACAACAUGCCCUCCUCAGCGUUCUGCCAUGGUUUCUCUGCUCUGGGUGGGGGUGGGGGUGGGGGGGAUGGUGAUGGGGGGGAACUGCAGCAUGGAGACCCAACAUCCUGUGUUUUGCUGUUUUAACUACAAGGGAAAGAGACAUUGAAAUCACACAAUGGCCCCAAAGAGACUCUUGUUUUCUGUGUGCGAAUGUGAGACAGAGGAGGGCGUGUUUGCGUGACUGGCUGCAGUAAUGCAUGUAUUUGUGUGUGCAUUUAUGUUUGUGUGCGAGCGUGUGUGUGCGUGCCUGUGGGGUCAAAAGGAGUGAAGCUCCCCAGACACCAAACGUCUUGGCGGGGCCUCAUUCUUUCUUUCACUCUCUCCCUUCUUUUUUCUGUGGUCUUGUGUUGUUUGGUGGUUUUUGUGAUGAAAAAAAAUUGUAUAUCUGUCUGUUACAUAUCAUGUAUGUAUCUGAGGUGCAAAAUAUUUAAAUACACAUUCUGUUCUUGCCAUUGGUAA